GAGAGAGAGAGAGAGAGAGAGAGAGCGAGCGGAAACGUGAGUGUGCGGUAGAGCUGUCUGUACACGUCGAACACUCCGUCUAUCCGCCUCACACAAAAUACUGCACAAAUACUUGUUGGCUGGAGAGAUAUGUAUGAGGAAAGACAGUCCUAAAGAAGGACAAAGCCAAUCAGUUACUAUGAGCAGUGAGCUCAAUGUGCCAAUGGGCUCCCCAGCUCCCGGGUGCUCAGACAGGCUGCAGGAUGGAGGUGGAAUGGACUACAGAGAUUGGGUUCGUCGCAGCUAUCUGGAGCUGGUCACCUCCAACCACCACUCUGUCCAGGCUCUCUCUUGGAGAAAACUUUACCUCAGCAGGGCAAAGCUCAAAGCCUCCAGUCGAACUUCAGCCCUGCUUUCAGGCUUUGCAAUGGUGGCCAUGGUGGAAGUGCAGCUCGAGAUGCAGUACAACUACCCACGUGUCCUUCUCAUCGCCUUCAGUGUAUGCACCACUGUGCUUGUGGCUGUCCACCUCUUCGCCCUCCUCAUCAGUACCUGCAUCCUGCCCAACGUCGAAGCCGUAAGCAACAUCCACAACCUCAACUCCGUCUCCGAAUCUCCCCAUGAGAGGAUGCACCACUAUAUUGAGCUCGCCUGGGGCUUUUCCACCGCCCUGGGAAUCCUAUUGUUUCUGGCAGAGGUGGUGCUCCUCUGCUGGAUAAAGUUCUUGCCAGUUGACUCUGGAGCACAAUCCACGUCAGUUCUGGCAGCCUUGAAGCAGAACUGUAGCACCCCUGUAGUUCAACCCGGGCACAGCGGGUGGCAGGCGGCCUUGGCCUCCACCAUCAUCAUGGUGCCUGUUGGAUUAAUCUUUGUGGUGUUCACCAUUCACUUCUACCGCUCACUGGUGCGGCACAAAACAGAGCGGCACCACCAGGAGAUUGAAGAACUGCACAAGAUCAAGGUACAGCUGGACGGCCAUGAGCGAGGCCUGCAAGCAGUGUGAGAUCUGGGGAUGCUCUUUUUGCACAGUGUUCCAUUGCUUGAUUCUUUAAGCUUUCAAGCACAUUAAAUCUAUGCUCCUUUUGAGUCUUUUAUUAUAAUUUUUUUCAGGCAUAUUUUCUUUUGAGAGAAGAUGCCUUGUUGCCUGGUGGAUGGAUUUUCCAUUUAGAAACUGAGAAAGCUUUACAGGAAAGAGGGAAGUUUACAAGAUUUCAACAGCAAGGGCUAGUUAUUUAUAUUUCUUUAGGCUGUAGGUAAUUUGGCCGGGUCUUUAUGUGCCAUUUUCUAGAUGUUCUGCUUCUACUAUACGAAAUGAAUGUCAUACAUCAGUGUGCUUGAAUAUCAUUUGCCUGUUUUGUGUUUAUUAGAUGGUUUCUUAACCAGCCUGAUCUACAUUGUGCCACAUUUAAAUUUGGCCAAAUGAGUUCGACAAGUAGAGUUGGUCUUGGUUCCAUUAAGGAUCAGAGCUUCAAGACCUACACUGCCAGAAUAUGUGACUAAAAUAUACAGCUUUAUGCUAUACAUGCCUUUAUGAGUUUUCAUUUGCUUUCGUAAAAACAAAAAAGUAUGCUGUACACACUGGGUGAAUGUCCGGAUCAUAUUUGAUCUUAAAAUCAAAAUAAUAUAUUUAAGCCUAUUUAAGACCGUAAAGAUGUUGGCAUUAUGACAUUAUUUUCAUGAUUAUUUCUAAAUUCUCAUUCUCAUUAUUCACAUUACUGUAAUAAUAAUGACCUUCUCCUACCGACUAAAUUCACUACAACAAAUAAUUCCAUUAUGAAUUUCAUAAUAGGGUUACCAUUGUGGUUAAGAUUGGCACUUGUUCUUAGGUCGAGGAUGGACUUUCACGUUCAAGUGAUGUUUGAUUUAAGUGCUGCUUGGCUCCAGAAGCAGUUGCUAUCAAAUUGACAGUGCAACAGUUUUACACAUGCUCACGUGGCAUAUAAUAAUGAUUAAUACAAUUAAUUAAAUUGAACCAACAGAAAAAUUAUUAAUUUAUUAAAUUGAGUUUGACUAACCAUGAAGUUUAGUUAAACCUACUAGAGUCCAUUCAUUUGACCUAAUCCAACUAAGUUAUGUUGUCUUAUUGAAAAUGACUUAAUCUGAAUGAAUGAAAUUAAAUUGCUUAUAAAAACUCUCAAAUUAAAUUAAGGUAAUGACUUCAUUUUUGUUGGAGUGAUGUACUUAACAAUUUAAGUAAUAUUUAAUUAUUUUGUAAUAUAUUACAGUAAUGACAAUGAGAAUUGGAAGGGGGUUAUUAUGCUUUAUUGUCUUGAAUAAAUGCUACAAUGCGAGAAAAAAAAACAAAAAAAAAAAACAAAAGAGUGUCAUAGUUCUAAAACUAGGCUUCAUUUUAUUUUGCUAAAUACAUUUUGUGGUAAAGUGGCCCGGACAUAUCUUGACCGUUCUUGUGAGAUUCACCCUAUACUAUUGGUAUUUGUCUGUGUUUGAUAGUGGAUCCCAAAACUGUAAUAUUAUUAACUGCAGAAUUGUUGUGCCUGCAUUUUCCUCAAUAACCAUGUAAGAUUCAUUUGAACUGUUACCUAAGAAAGAAAUAUCACUCAUACUACGUAGUGCGCUCAUUUUUAGCUUAGGUGUGAAAUGUAGAUGCUUUAAACAUGCACAGUGCACACUUAAGUUUCACUUUAGAUUUUAUUAACAAAUUUGCAUUUAAUGUAUAUUAUAAUGCACUGUCACUUGUCAAGCACAAAUUGAAUGUUAUUUGCUCGUGUUACUAGAAGUUUACGCUGUUGAUGAUAAUACCCAGAAAUAACCAGGGUCAAAAGUUGUUUGCUCCAAUAUUGUUUAUAUAACGAUAUUACUUUAAAUGGGCACAGUUAUAAUAUACUUGAGAAAAGCUAAGAGCUUGCAUUGCAUGCCAAGCUGAAACUCUUUAAUGUGAACUGUGUGAGUUGGCAGUCCUAUGUCAAUCGCAAAAUAUUGUCUGAUAUUUAGUAUGUCCAUUUGAUGGAAACAUUCCAGUGGGAAAGAAGUCGGACCAAUUUCUGCCUGCCUUUAAUAGCUGAACAGACAAAACUUUGAAGUGCACUUGUAGUGUAGUCCAUGGAAAUGAUCUGUGUGUCCUGUCUGUGUUUAGAGUAUGCAGUAGAGUAUUUCACAAUGCAGAGUUAAAGACAUAAUUUCAUGCCUUACAACCUACAAAGCAUUAUUGUAUUGUAAUUACAGUAGUGCUGUAUUGAUAGUAUGUUAAUGUCAUUGUGCUGAACUUUCAAUUGCACCUGCAAUGUGUGAACGCUCAAACAAGGAAACUUUGACCAAAACUUGUGUGCUCUGGUUGUGGGGGGCUUUAAACAGCUGUUUUGUGUGUGUGUGUGUGUGUGUGUGUGUGUGUGUGUGUGUGUGUGUGUG